AUGUCCAGGACGGUCCCCAAGCUCAUUGUCUGCGGAGGCAAUGGCUUUCUCGGCUCACGCAUCUGCAAGAAUGGAGUCGCUCGCGGCUGGGACGUCGUUUCGAUAAGCCGCUCCGGGGAACCAAAGUGGGACAAUGUGACGUCGUCACCAACGGCGCCAUCAUGGUCCAGGAGGGUCACGUGGGAGCGCGCCGACCUGCUACGGCCCUCCGUCUACGCCUCUCUCCUCCGGGGAGCUGACUAUGUCGUACAUAGCAUGGGGAUCCUCCUCGAGGCUGACUACAAGGGCGUCGUUUCGGGACGGGAAUCCCCCGUCGCCGGUCUGAGCAAGGCUUUUGCCAGCUCGCGCGAGCGCCGGGGCGGGUCGGAUCCCCUGUCCAAGGAGGCCGGCGAGGACUUUGCCCCCGCCAGCGCAAACGACCAGUUCUCGUACGAGGUCAUGAACCGUGACAGCGCCAUCGCCCUGGCCCGGAACGCCGCCGCCGCCGCCGCCGGGGCCGCCGGGGCCACUGCGGGAGAGGGCGAGGACAAGGGCAAGGUCCCGGCCUUCUGCUACGUCUCGGCUGCCGGGGGCGCCCCCGUCCUCCCCCAGCGGUACAUCACGACGAAGCGCCAGGCCGAGAACACAAUCACCAACGCCUUCCCGUCCAUGAGGUCCAUUUUCCCCCGUCCGCCCAUCAUGUACGACACCUCCCGCCCCGUCACCAUGGCUUCGGCUGCUAUGUGUGGCGGUGGAGCCGCCUUCAACCAACUCACCGGCGGCUUCUUUGGCGGCUUCCUGGGUGCCGCCGGUGCCAAGCCUCUCAAGGUCGACACCGUCGCUGAUGCUAUUGUUGAGGCCCUCAGUGAUGACACCGUCAGCGGCCCCAUUGAGAUACCCCAGAUCGAGGAGCUGGCCAACAAGGCCUGGAGGAAGUCGAUGCUGUAA